GUGCUGGGCGCUCCAAGGGCAAGGGCAAGAACUCGGCGCACGACCCCUGGGCUGACGCUGCUGGCAAAGGCGUCUGCAGCGAUGUCGUCGACCUCGACAUGAUCUCCGCCGAGGGCGAGGCCGCGGCGGCCCUCGGCCUGUCCCUGAGCCUCGAGGACUCGACGCACUCCUCGCCCACCACCAUGGGGACGGCCACGCCCAUCGGCCGCUCGAGUUCCUCGCCUGGUUCCCCGCCCUCUGCUGGGGCGGAGAGCGCACUCGACUUCGAGAUGGUCGGCGCGGGCGAGCUGGACUUCGUGGAGAGCGCUGCGGGCGUCCCGCGCGACAUCCACGGCUCGCUCACCGCGGAAGCGCUGCUGCGGGCCCCUGCUGCAUGCGGUGCCCCCCCAAGCGGGCCCCCCGCUGCUCUCGGCCCGCCUGGGCCCGCUGGGGGCGGCGGCGCCUGUGCUGGUUCAACGCACCGUGCCGGGCCGUGCCUGGCGAAAUUAUCUGGCGGGCGCUGCGUUGGAGAUGUUCAGGCUCGUGGCGGAGUGGGCCCCGACGAACCCUCUGCCGCUGCCGCCCUCGCACGUGUGACGGGCCCCCUCCAGCGGCUUGAGACCAACAUGGCCACCAAGGCCGACUUUGAGAAGCAAGAGAAGCGCAUGGACAUCCUCGAGGCCCAGGCCAACGACGUGGGGGCCAAGGGCGACGGCCACUGCAACCCAUGCAAGAUGUGGGUCGGCGGGUUCCCGCGACCCCUGCUCCACUCCGUCCUGGAGCGCGCGGGCCAGAUGAUUCUAGCCUCUCUCCCGACAGCUGCACAGGGCAAGGCUGUGAUCAAAGCCUUCAACCUCAACAGGGGCGUGAGCAUCACCUUCGACGACGAGGCGGCCAUGCGAGACGCCUGCUCCGGGCUCCAGGCACAGCAGAAGUGGCAGACCUCGUACAUGAUGGGGCCCAACGGCUUCAAGGGCGUGCUCUACCUGAUCAUCGGGGAGGAGGCCCACGUGCUUUUCGAGAUGGAAGAGCUCGACCAGCAGCAGCACCAGAUCCACCCCCAGUUCGGGACGCUCGAGCAGUUCCACAUGAACCAAGAGAUGGUCCAGGGCUGGGUCGACGCAAUGCAAAGCGCCGUCGGCUACGGGUGCUAUCAGGCCGAUAGCGAGUCCGACGGCGGCUACAUGGGCCUCGUGCUCGGCCCCCUCUGCAUGCGCCACCCCCCUCGCCCCCGGUGGGACUUCGACUGCCGCGGCGUGUCGCGGGAGGAGCCGACAUGA